AGAUCAGUUGUUUUCGGAUUCACAUGGCGAUAUGUUGUGUCCGGGACUCGUCUCUGUGCGAUUCGACUGAGUACAAGGCUCGCACUCGCAUCCUUGCGUGACUCAAGUCCGCCCUGCACGUCUGCUUCCGUCUGGUGGUCAGCGGGACCCACUUCAAACGGAAUAUUAACUCCUUCGCGGUGGGUUGUGUCCGGCAGCGCGGCCGAGCGGUUCUUGCCUUCGACCCCAAAACUUUUCAUGUAGGAAUUAGGUAUUCGGGUCCCCAAGGAUUUUCGCGGUGUUUGGAGGAUUUCGACGGUAUCUGUUGACCUUUUUCCGGUCGUUUUGUUCCGUUUGCCAAGUGGUGGCAUUGGUUGUGUUUACGUUAGGCGCCGCGUCCGGGCAGGGUUGUUGCUGCCUCGAGGGUGCUCGUUUGAACAGUCACCGCGGCUUAUCACCGGGAUUAAGGUUGUCGCCUUCAGUUUUGCCGGUGACAUCGGCGGAAAAGGAUUAAGCGAUCUGGGUGGCGUCGAGGGCGUCAAUGACCAAGCGGCCAGAGACGAGCUCCGCGUAACUUCACCCCGACGCGUUCGACAGUGCACUCGAUGCCGGUCAGCCGUUUGAUAGCGUCCUUGAUUAUUAUCUAAUUAAUGGGAUUAGCCGUUUACUGCCCCUUUGUGUGUGUUUUGUGCUUGUGCGUGGCUUCCGAGGCAGCAUUGUGCGACUGUUGAGCUCGCCAACCGUCUGACGGUUAUUUUCAAUCAUUUAGCGAACACGAAUUCCGGCGCCAACCAUGAGUGGAAUUGCAAAAACUUUAUGGAUUUACGUGGCGGUCAUUUGGGGUUCCUACUUGGCAUCGUCAUUGGCUGAUGAAUAUAGAGCUGGAUCUGACAUUGCAGCCAGAGCAGAUUUCGUAUCACUGAACUCCGGGAAUGAACUUAGUGCCGACUAUAUCGAUGCUUCUUCGAGGAAGAUAAACAGUUUUCAGGAUAAGAACGUUACGGAGGACGAUGCAGCAGUCGAGAAUAGAAGGUGGCGAGACUCCCGCAAUCAUGCAAAUAAAGUCAGCAGUUCUGUAGAUUCAGAAUCGCAAACAUCUAAAGUUCCAGCGAAAAAUCUGACGACGCGACCAAAACGUCGUCGCACCCGUUGCAAAAACAAGGCUCGUUGUAAGCAUGCCGCCUCCAAUGCAAGACCUGUUACAAAUCUCACAGCAACGGCCACAAUAAUCGACCAUUCAACGGGCUCAAUCCGCAAUGAAAUCACCACUUUGGCAUUGUCUGGACGUAAUAGUAGUUCCUCUGAGGUUCAGCACGAAAACUCGGUAGAAACCGCAAACCCCUCACAAAUCGUUGAGUACAAAUCAAUGAAGCACGACAACAAAGUUGACAACGACAAUAACGUCCCAGCAAAAGGAUCCGAAAUUCAAAUGAACCGCAGGAGAAAAGGUCCUCAUGGCAAGCGAAGAGGUGGAAUUGGAGCCGGCCACGGCCGGAAAGUUCGCUUCCGAGAUAAUCCGGAAAAUAGAAUCCGAAAUAAGUUGUCAAAGGAGGAGAGACGGAAAAAAUUAAAGGAAAAACGAGAGAAACGAAAACGUUUACGGCUUGAACGAAUGGAACAGCGGAGGCGGAAAAAAGUCUGGAAUUCAGAAAACGCAUCAGAGAUGACUCUAAAAGUCCCAGAAAAUAUGAGCAAUAAAUUGGAGUUGAUAAAACCACCGUCCAUUGAUUACAUCGCUGAGAAAGUUCCCUCGAGGGUGGCAAGCGAUUUUAACGGCAUCGUGAACGACACUCUACCCGACGGAUUCAUUGAUGUAGCCCUUGAGAACGGUGCCGCCAACACGAUGACUUCCUCCGAAUUGGAUACGGAAAACUCCCGGGGAAUCCCCAUGAAUGUAAACGGAAGAGCGAUUGGCCCAAACGAGACUGGGAACGAGAAAGUGAACGCGGCGGAUACCAUCGAUUUCAGCAGCAAUCAAAUCGAUAUCUUCCAAGGUGGUGAUUUAUCUUGCCUCGACGAUAACUUUCAACCUGCACCGGAGGUCCAACAUGCGGAUGUGAAAUAUCUCAGGAAUGAUUUACGAGGUCCAGAGUACGCUUUUCUCGAGGUCGAAUACAUCUGCCAUCAUGGAUACAUAUUGAAUACGAACGUGAACGUGAAUGAAAAUUUAAACACGGUGGACAUGGACGUCGACAACGCCAACAUUAUCAGGACAUCGCGAAAUAGCAAAAACUCGACCAGCGUCUAUUGCAAAAACGGACAAUGGCAUGGUGUCCUACCAACAUGUAUACCGGUUAAAGAUUUGACAAAUUUCAACGAGACAUGCAAUUAUCCUAGCCGAUGCGAGCAGCUAUGCUAUAGGAGGGAUGGCAUGGAAAAGUGCACUUGUCAUAAAGGAUUCCGAAUGAAAAAUAAUCGGUGCGAAGAUAUAAACGAGUGCAUGGAAAAUACAUCAGUUUGCGAAUAUGGCUGCAUAAACACUAUCGGAUCGUAUCGCUGCAAAUGCCCUAAAGGAUUACGAGCAAGCGAAGCGAAUAGUUGUAUCGAUAUAAAUGAGUGUCUCCUCCGCAACGGUCACGGUCCAUGUCAGGAUACUUGCGUCAAUACUUGGGGGAGUUACAAGUGCUCUUGCGGAAAUCUUGCUGGUACUCAGCUGAGUACAGACGGGCAUAGCUGUGUGGAUAUGGAUGAGUGCUCGGUUAAUAAUGGUGGGUGCUCUCACACUUGCCUCAACACGAUGGGUCGUGCUUUCUGCCUGUGUCCGGAAGGAUGGAUCCUGGAUAGUGACUGGAAGACAUGUGUUGACAUCGACGAAUGUGCUGACCAGAGGUCGUCGGAAAUGAAGUGUGAAUUCGGCUGCAUUAACACUCCGGGAUCAUAUAGUUGCCUGGUGGAUAUAGGAGCUGACCAGCCAAUUGAUGACGAUGAACCCGAAUGUCCAGAUGGUUACUAUAGAAACUAUACGACCGAGGAUUGUCAGGAUAAGAAUGAAUGUGCCGAUGAUAAUGGUGGAUGCUAUCAUCAGUGUGUCAAUACGUUCGGAAGUUAUCAUUGCGUUUGUCGCACUGGAUUUAUUUUUGCUGAGGAUAAAUACACUUGUAUCGUGGCUAACAGCUCAGCAGAUACUUCGUGCCCUCCACUGUUCCCCCCCAAACAUGGAUAUCUGGAAUGCAGUCGUCCCAUUGCCAGUGACAUUAUUGGAGCAGAUGCCAACGGAUCGGGUGGUCGUCGAAGAAUAACAAAUCGUCCUGGCAGCCAGUGCGUCCUUCGUUGUCCCACAGGGUUCCGUAUAGAUGGGAAAUUCUCAAAACAGUGCAGCGCAAGUGGCAUUUGGGUUGGUGAAAGCGACGGGAUUUGUAUACGCUAUCCAACACCGAAACUAAUUUGCCCUGCAAACAUCGUCCUGGAAACCCCACCGAACGAGAGUAUGGCAAAAUUACGGAUCCCUCGACCGAAAACUGAUGUUAAUUAUGAUCGAGAUGUUACAAUCAGCCCCGACUGGCUUCGGAAUUCCGAAAUUGCCCUGGAGAUUGGAGUUCGGAAUAUUACUUACACAGCACGGCAUCCUGUUUCCAAAUUAACAGUGUCCUGUACGUUCUCCAUUACAGUAUUGGAGGGUAGCCCGCCGACCGUAAAAUACUGUCCGUCGACCCAAAAGUACACACUCACUGAACAAGAUGACAGCAUAAAAAUUUCCUGGAAGGAACCGAUUUUUGUGGAUAAUGUGAACGUUACCGAAAUCUCCAGGACAAAUAUUCCCGGGAACAGCUUCGCAGUUGGAAGUCAUCAGAUUGUUUACGUUGCUCGCGACCAAGUAGGAUAUACAGCCCGAUGUGUUUUCAAGCUCCUCGUGAACGUUCCAUAUCGACAAACACUAAAUCACCCGCUUCCCAUAUAUCAUAUGUUCUAUCGCAAAUAGGGAAAAAAUGGACUCUGCCGAGGGAUGUUCGCUAACAGAUUAGUAUCAUUGCAUUGUACAUAUUGAAAUUGAUUGUAAGUAGGAGUUUAUAGGAUAUUUGGAAUACAUUAAAGCGUACGUUAAGUGAUAGCGUUUUCAACAACGAUUUAGAUUGUAUAGAAUAAGGAAGCAACAAGGUAUUGUAAUGCUCGUUAUGGACACUUAGUCGUAAGUGGAUUUGCAGUUUUUGAAAUAUGUACAAUCUGGAUCCUCCCUUGACUUUCAGUAUUUCUUUGAGUACAUAUCUCUUACUUUUAUUGAGCUGGCACUUUGCCUGAGAACGAACCAAUACUGUUUUGUAUGCAUAUCAUAAGUAGAAUAUUCUUCAUUUGUACACAUGAAUCUGAAAAAGAUUAGAUUUUAGUUGCGCAUUACUUUAGAUCUUUUGUAGAGAUUCAAUUUAUUUGAGAAAAAGGAAGUAUUAUAUUGUAUUAUUAGAUAUUUGGUACAAAUACACGCCAAGCAUAUUGCCUAA